AUGUGUGAUCAAAUAAACAGAAACAUUGGUGGCGGUCCUUCCAACAACGAUUCCCCAGAUAAAAGCCUUGAUAGAACCAAAACUACACCCGGUCAAAUUAAGGCUAUGAUUGGUCUCUUUGAGAGUAAUCAAGACCUUUUUAAGAUAUAUCUUGGUGGACAAAAGUCGUCCGCUCCUUCAGCUGGUAGUCAGAUAAAAAAAAGAGAGAUCAUUGAGAGAUUUUUUCAGCAACUUCUGGCAGAUAAAGUAAUUCCGUCUUCCUGGAAUUUCAAAUCGGUUGGAAAACGUUUUGAACGCCAACUCGCAAAGUACCGCGAUAUAGAAAAAGAUAUGAACUCUACCGGUUUCGGCUUGACUACAGAUGACAUUAAAGGUGGACUGACCUCCAUCGAGAUCAAGUGUGAACAUUUGUGUAUUGGAUUUUCUCGUUUGGCUGCUCUGCAUGGUGUUAGACCAAACAUAACUCCUUAUUGUGUGGCUUUCCAUCAUGCCCCUGGUGGUACCGAGUACACAUACUGCAACAGAGUAAGGCCAUCAUUAGCUGCAAUUGAGGCACAAACAUUUGCAGUUUUUGGUGGUCAACAAGAGGCGAUUGAAGAGGUCAGUCGAUUGUUGGUUCGAAGUGAUGCAGCUGAAUCUCAACAAGAUCAUCUGCUUCUCUUUCCUCUGGUGCUCCUUUGGCUGCUGGUGUUCCUUUGGCUGCUGGUGCUCCUUUGA